ACAGAGAUUUGAGAGUUAAAGAAACUUUUCCGGUUUUUCGAUAGUUUUGAAGGAAUAAGCGUCAAAGGAGAAUUUAACGUACAGAAUAAUCUUAAGAGUGGCAGGAAGAGGAGUUUUCAGAAAGUGUUUUUUGGGUGAGGUUGGAAGAAUGUUAUUUCCAAAUAAUCUGGAUUUUUGAAUGGUAAAGGGAACAAGGAUUUAAGUGUGUUUCUUGUUCUAUCUAACUGAAUUGAAGGAAUUUCAACAACAACAACAACAACAACAACAAAAAGAGCAAAAAAACAACCUUAUGAUUGAAGAACGCCAUGGUAGGAUGGGAGGAGUUCUUACUCAGACGAGGACAAUGUAUAUAAAAAUAUGCAAGAAUCAAAGGAAACUCCCAUAUCCAGUCACCUAGAUGAAAUUGUUGCUGCUAUCAGCAUAACGCCUAGAAAGAAGAUCCAAAACAAGCUGCCUCAGACAGCGCUAUUCCAGCCUCCUCGAGAGAAACUACACCUCUGUGAAGAGAAAGCGAAGUCCUACUCCAGCAGUCACGAAUAUAAACAGGCUGUCCAUGAGCUGGUGCGCUGCAUAGCGCUGACAAGAAUUUGCUAUGGCGACUCCCAUUGGAAACUAGCGGAGGCACACAUUAAUCUGGCUCAGGGCUACCUCCAGCUGAAAGGACUGUCACUGCAAGCAAAGCAACAUGCAGAAAAAGCCAAAGAAAUCCUUACCAGCUCCAUUGUGCCUCCCUAUGACGACAAUACGGAUGUUUUCAGGUGUUCGAUCGAGCUGUUCCAUACCAUGGGGAGAGCCUUACUCUCCCUUCAAAAAUUUAAGGAAGCUUCAGAGAAUUUGUCAAAGGCAGAGCGACUUGCAAAGGAGCUGCUGCAGUGUGGAAGGAUUAUAAAGGAGGAAUGGAUAGAAAUUCAAGCACGGAUCAAAUUGUCAUCUGCACAGAUAUAUCAAAGUCAGAAGAAACCAAAAGAAGCUCUGCCCCACUACCAAGAGGCUUUAGAAUAUAUUGAGAUCAGUAGAGGUGAAAAAAGUCUUGAGUGUGUACCAAUAUUGAGGGAAUUAGCAGGUGUUGAGCAAGCCCUGGGACUUCAUGACGCAUCUAUCAACCAUUUUCUACAGGCGCAUCUCAUCGUGCUGAGCAGAAGCCCCUCCCAAGAGGAGGCAGCAGUCUCCGCACAUUUUGUCGCCCACGCUGGCAUCGCUUCUGGGAGGACCGAGCACCACGAUGUGGCCGAGCAGUAUUUUCAAGAGAGCAUGGCUAAUCUUAAGGAUGCUGAAGGGACGGGAAAAGCCAGAUUUCUUUCAAUUCAAGAUGAUUAUUGCCGUUUUCUACAAGUCACUGGACAAAAAGAGAGAGCAACCUCAAUCCUGAGAGAGUCCCUGGAAGCUAAAGUGGCCAUGUUUGGUGAUCUCAGUCCCGAGGUGGCGGAGACCUACCGGCUGUUGGGUGGGGCUGACCUGGCACAGGGGAACCACAGUGGGGCCCACAAGAAACUGAAGAAGUUGUCCUGGAGAAAGAUGAUGGUAGCUUGCUCCAAGACAGUGGCCAGGGGAUGGAGCAAAGUCGUGGGGGAGUCGAGGGAUGUCGAUAAAGAUGUAGAAGCCCCGGCACAUGGCAGCUCGGAGGAGAAAAUGAAGUCCAUUCUGGCAAGAAUGUUAGCCCUGGACAGAGGUCUCUCACUGCCAAGCAGGAGUGAUGGGAAAGCCUGCUUGCUUCCUGCUUGCAGUCCCUUCCUGAGCACCUUCUCUGCUGGGCCCUGCAUGGAGACACCCCCAGGCUUCCAACAGCGGGGAGCCACGCAGAAGAGGAGGGUUGGAAACCUGUCCCCCAAAGCAGUACAGGACUUUCUCAGGUUCCCAAAUUUCCCGAGUUCACAGUUUAUCUGUGGAUUAAAACAGUGCUGGCUCAACCCCAUGGAAUGAGCAGCACGUUGCCUAGGCCAGGCCUGGCCACGGCCCCAGAAAGGCUGGGGCUUGGAUGGAGGGGGUGGGAUUUUGGAGAAAUUGGAUCAUAUGCUAAAUGGAAUAACAGAACCAGGGUAUUACUUCCUGGUGUUACAUAAUUCAACCAACAGAGUGAAGAUCUGUUAUUUUAAAAAAGAACCGUGUCAUAUCUUCGUCUGAUAAUAUUUCUUUCCUCCAGAAGACAGCCCCAUUCUCAGAUUCCAGAACCACAUUCUCAGUUCCUCAGAUUGAACCAAACAUUCAGACAGAUUUGAUAUUUUCCACAUCUUAUAAAGACAAAGCAUUUUGGCUGCUUGCAUUUUAAUUUUCUCAAAGACCUAAAAAUGGCUGGCAGAUCAGAACGAAUAAACAGUCUUCAGUACAAAGUCCUCAAACCCUCACACUUUUUUUGACUCAAGCUGUUACCAUGUAGAAAAACCAAUUCAAUAUUUUAAAAAUAUAAAGUAUUUCAGAUAUGCAGAAAAGCAUGAGGAAUGUAACAAACACCUUUGAGCUCACAAUUCAAUAUAAGCAAUAAGACAUGACCCAUACAGUUGAAGGCCCCACUAUUCCCUCCAGAUGACUACUGUCCUGAAUUUGAUAUCAUUCCCAUGUUGUCUGUUUUACUAUGGACUUGUUUUACAUGCUUCAGCUUUGUAUAAAUGGUAUAUAUAAUAUAUGUUAUAAUAAUAUAUAACAUAAAAGUAUAUAAUGCAUUCAUCUGCAAUUUGCUUUUUUUCUGCCUAUAAUCACAAGAUUCAUCUAUGUGGAUAUAUACAAGCACAUCA